AUGAUUAUAAUAAGACCUCAGAUAGCAGAAUGGGUAAUUGGCACCUGGCUGAUGAACCAACGUCAGUUUUUGAAGUAUCAGAUCCAGGGCAGCGGAGGGCCCAGCUUGUUCUCAAAUGUAGAGAGCUCGUAUAGACGUCGGAUGGGCAUCCUUGGGUAUGGGUCGAUUGGCCGGCAAUGCGCGCGGAUCGCUCAAGCAAUGGGAAUGGAAAUCUACGCUUACACUCGCAGCGAGCGUAAGACGCCAGAAUCUCGGAGAGACAACACGUAUCACCAGUUCUGUGUUCCUGGGACCGGAGAUCCAGAGGGGAUCAUUCCUUCCAAGUGGUUUCACGGCGCCUCUAAAGAGGAUAUCAACGCCUUUCUCACUCAAGACCUCGAUGUGUUGGUCAUCAGCUUGCCCCUAACCAAGGACACGGAGAAGCUCAUCUCGUAUAAGCAAUUUGAGAUUUUGAGUAAAAAGAAAACAUUCGUGUCGAAUGUCGCCCGCGGUCGACAUGUCGACACCCAAGCCUUGAUCUCAGCUUUGGACAAGGGUCAAAUCCGAGGAGCUGCUCUAGAUGUUACCGAUCCUGAACCCUUGCCCAAAGAACACCCGUUGUGGAAGGCUCCGAAUGUGUAUAUCACACCGCAUAUCAGUUGGAUCACGAAGGACGUCUGGAAUGGUGGUAUGCAGCUGUUGGAAACAAACCUGGAGCGGUUAAACAGUAAUGAGCCAUGCAUCAACUAUCUCACCAGGAGCUUUGAUACAUGA